AUGACCCAGAUGCAGGCCGACUUCAGCGGGCGCAACGCUUUCGUGACUGGUGCCGGCGGCGGCAUGGGACUGCAGAUCGCGCGCGACCUGAUCGGUGCCGGCGCGCAGGCGACGCUCUUCGAUGUGAAGCCGGCGCCGGACGAUCUGCCCACCGGCGCCCGCUAUGUGCAGGCCGACCUUCGCGAUGCGGAGGCCGUGGCUCAGGCGCUGGCCGCUUGCUACGAGGCGGCGGGCCGGCUCGACUACCUGGUGAAUGCCGCGGGCGUCCUCCUGCUCGGCCGCGACCGCUCGCUCGUCGAUAUCGACCUCGGCGUCUGGGACGACGUGCUCGCCAUCAACCUCAAGGGCGCGGCGAUCUGCGCCCGCCACGCGGUGCCGUUGAUGAAGCAGACGGGCGGCGGCGCGAUGGUGCAAAUCUCCACCAUCCAAUGCGUGCGCGGCGACGACGCGCCCCAGGAUGCCUACCAGGCUUCCAAGGCCGGCCUGAUCGCGAUGUCGAAAUCGAUUGCCAUUCAGUUCGCGGCCGACGGCAUCCGCUCCAACACCGUCUUACCGGGGCCCACGCAGACGCCGAUGCAGCAGCGCUGGAUCGACAAUCCCGCGCUCAGGGAGGCCACGGAGGCAGCGGUGCCGCUGGGUCGCGUCGGUACCCCUCGGGACAUGGCAAAUGCCACGCUCUUCCUGCUUUCGGACGCGGCGUCGUUCAUCACCGGGACCGAGCUGAUCGUCGACGGCGGGGUCUUGGCGAAGCCUUAG